AUGGAUUUUUCCAUUUGCCACACGUUUUUUCAUUUAUGCCAAUGUAUCUGCUUUUCUCAUUUUUCUCCUUAUUUACUAUUUUUUAAACAACUUCUUCCUUCCUCCCAUCUAUCUAUCUAUCUCUUUCUGUUUAUUAUCUAUCUAUCUAUCUAUCUAUCACUUUCUGUUUAUUAUCUAUCUCAGCCUGCUCUUAUUAUAUCUAUCUAUCUACCUAUCUAUUUAUCUCAGUCUGUUCAUCUAUCUAUCUAUCUAUCUAUCUAUCUAUCUAUCUAUCUCUCUUUGACUUCUUCUUCUUCUUCUUCUUCUUCUUCUUCUUCUUCUUCUUCUUCUUCUUCUUCUUCUUCUUCUAUUUCUCAUCAACGAUCGUUGCGGAAUUCCUCAGUUAAUUACAUCAUGCCACCAUGGGAUGCUGACCGAUGCAUGCAGGAUGCCCAAGGCGUCAUAUCCGAUUCCGAUUUUCUCUUUUUUCUAUUGCUCUACCUUAUCUCCUUCCUUACCAUAUCUAACGAUUCCCUUCGCUUAGAAUUUUUUUUUCAUUUGCUCCCCAUUCUUCUAUCUAUCUAUCUAUCUAUCUCAAUUAAUAUUUAUCCCACUCUAUCCAUAUCUAAGUUCACAUCUAAGCUCCUAUCUAUCUAUCUAUCUAUCUAUCUAAUUUCAUAUCUAUCCCACUCUAUCCAUAUCUGUCUAAGUUCACAUCUCACCCAGCUUCUAUCUAUCUAUCUAUCUAUCUAUCUAUCUAUCUAUCUAUCUAUCUAUCUAAUUCACAUCUCAUUUAGUUCAUAUCUAUCUAUGUAUCGAUCUAUCUAUCUAAGUUUAUAUUUCAUUCAGUUAAUUAUCUAUCAAUCUAUCUAUCUAUCUAUCUCAGUUCAUAUCUAUCUGUUGGUAUCUAGUUGA